GAGAAAGAGAGCGAGACAGACAGACAGACAGAGAGAGAGAGACAGACAGGCAGACCUGUCAGAGAGCAGACGAGAGAAUGGAUUGUACAAAACAUCCGCCUCUCUGUCUGUAGGUGUUUUUACGCACUCUAACAAUCUUCCUGUAAACUGCCCCGGUUUGUAUGUUCUGUAAUGUAAAAGCCAGCGUGAUACAUUCACACAUACUGCCUCCAUCCAGCCGGACCACGAGACAGGAGCCGGUCGUCAUCAAAUGAAGAGAAGACGAGGAUUACAUCCGAACAAAAGUGCACUUAUCACAAGGUCGAGCUUGAUUAAGAGCCAUGAGGAAGUGUAGCCCUUGGACAUUUCUUCCUGUUAUGUUUUCAUUCUUCACAGCAGCAGGCUUGUGGGUUGUCUAUUUUAUAGCAGUGGAGGAUGACAAAAUCAUACCACUAAGCUCUGAAUAUAAGAAAUCAGUUUCAAAGUCUCCUCCAUAUAUAAGCAUUGCAGGCGAUGCUCCACCAGCCAGCUGUGUUUUUAGCCAAGUCACAAACAUGGCAGCCUUUGUGGGCUUCAUCCUCGGGGUCCUCAGAUACUUGCAAUUGAAGCCACGGGUACACAAACCCUGGCUCAACAUCAUCAGUUUGGUAGCUCUGUCAUUGGCCUGCUUUGGUAUGACCUUAGUUGGGAAUUUCCAGUUGUCAAAUGAUGAGGAGCUCCAUAAUAUUGGCACAUCCAUGACAUUUGGCCUGGGCACAUUGUUUUGUUGGGUCCAGUCAUUCAUGACUCUGAAGGUCAACUUGAGGAACGAAGGGAGACGUGCUGGCAUACCCCGCUUCCUGUUGUCUGGAGCAAUCACUUUAUGCAUGCUGCUUUACUUUGCUUUAAUGGCCCAGCGUCUGCACAUGCAUGCUGCCCGGGCACAGUGGGCACUGGUCAUGUUCCUCUUGGCAUUCCUGGGCACGUUUGCUAUCGAGUUCCGUCAUUAUCACUUCGAGAUCGUGUGCAGUGAUGAUCAGGAGCCUCCAAUGAGCCUGUCAGAGAGCUUCUCUGAGGCUUCAGAGUACCAAUCAGACCAGCUAUAAGACUCUUCCGGUUCUGUUUCUAUAGCAGAAUUACUACAACUUCCAUUAUUUAUUAGUUUCAAUAAUAAUGCAUGUCUGUUGAAUGUAAUCUCUCUGGAGUAAUCUGUGAAGGAAUAUGUUUCUUUCUCACAGGUAGACUACAAAAAAAAAGAUUAUGAGAAGCACAAAGAGCAGUUGUGCUGCAAGUGUUUUACAUGGAAAAUCCGUGUAUAGAUAUUGUAGGUACAUAUUAGGCUACGUUCACACUGCAGGUAAAAGUGGCCCAAAUCUGAUUUUUUUUGGGGUCAAGUGACCAGGUCAGACUUCUUCAGGAGUAGUGUGAACACUCAAAUCUAGCCCAGAUCUGAUUUUUUCAAAUCAGAUUCAGACCACUUCCAUAUGUGGUCCUGAAUCAGACCCAAAUCUGAUUUUUUUUUUUAAUGUGGCCGCAGUGUGAACAACCAAGGCGGAUUUGAUGCGACUUUUACGUCAAUCUACAUCGACCUUCGUCACAAUUAUGCGCCAGCGAGUACGCACACAAACGUGACUACGCCUACAGAAUGGAUCAAAUAAUCAAAAGUUGCCCUCGACAUCCGAAAAUUUUCAAAACACUGCGUGUCUGUGCUGCCAUUACAUAAACAUUUAGAAAGAAAAGCGAAAAUGCUUACUUCCUCCAUAACCUCGCCUACUUUAGCGCAACGGCGUGCUGCGUGUGACGUCAUUGUUAUUGUUCGUUUGCGCAUGCGGGUCAGUUCGAAACAGCAAACAGUUCACACUGUUAUCUGAUAUAGGCCACAUUUUAAAAGGUAAUGUGAACAGCCAAACAAAAAAAUCAGAUCUGAGCAAAAUAUCCGAAUUGAGCAUUAAGACUUGCAGUGUGAACGUGGCCUUAUUAGACAUGUGACUAGACAACAUUUGUAUUACUUGGAAAGGACAUUAGAUCAACUACAAGAGAAUAAGUCUAAAUGUAAAAGUAGGUCCAUGUCUGAAAAUGGGUUUUAAGUAUGCAGUUUUAAAUAACAAUAGUUGUUUUCACAUUUUAUAAUCAACUUAUCAACAAAAUAAACAAAGUAAUAAUUGAAA